AUUCAAUUCAAUUCAAUUCAAUUCAGACAGACCGACAGAUAGAAGAAGAAGAAGGUCGUCGGCGCUGCCUGAGCAAAAUACAAACAAUGGGCAAGAAGCACAAGAAACAUAAGUCGGAAAAACACGCUUAUGAAGAAUAUGGAGAGCGACCCCUCAAGCUGGUGCUGAAAGUAUCCGGCAACGAGGUGACCACGGGGAGCUCCAGCUUGGACACUUUUUACGACGAGCAGUCCACAGAUUACGACAAACCCAAAGACAAAAAGAAGAAAAAGAAAAAGGACAAGGAGAGGAACUGCGGAACACCGGAUAGCGACAAAGGAAAGAAAAGGGUGAUUAAAAAGAGGAAAGGUCAAGAUGCGGAUGGAGAUGACGAUCGGGAAAGCUGCAGAACCCCCAUCCGGUCAGAGUUGGAUAAACUGGAAGCAGAGAAAGAGCAAACUCCGCUGCAGGAAGCCCUGAAUCAGCUCAUCAGGCAGCUCCAAAGGAAAGACCCUAGUGCGUUUUUCACGUUUCCAGUGACAGACCUGAUUGCUCCAGGCUACUCUUCGAUUAUUAAAUACCCCAUGGACUUCAGCACCAUGAAAGACAAAGUCAAGAAAGACUGCUAUGUGUCUUUGGACGAGCUCAAGGCUGACUUCAGGGCGAUGUGCGAGAACGCCAUGACGUACAACAAAGCCGAGACCAUCUACCACAAGGCGGCUCGCAAGAUGCUGCACUCUGGCAUGAAGAUCCUGAGCCAGGAGAGGCUGCAAAGCUUGAAGCAAAGCAUCGAGUUCAUGUCUGGUCUGGAUCCGUCUGACAAGGACGCCAAGUGUGAGGAACAAGGGUCUGCCUGCCUGCUGUUCAAAAGGGAGGCGCACUCCAGCACGGACGGCAGCGAGCGCUCACAGACGCCCGGCACUCCGAGACACGACAAGGACUCCAAGGACGAGGGGGUCACGAGGGAGCUGGAGGAAAUCCGCAAGGUCAUCGAGGAGUCCGGCGGCAAACUUUCCAACCGCGUGCUGCAGUGCGACGUGGAGUUUUCCAGGCAGAGGUCGGAUGGCUCCACCACGUUGGCGUUCCUCAACCCGGCAGAUCCUUCAGCGGGAGAGGCUGGUUACUGCCCCGUCAAGCUGGGCAUGAUGUCCACGCGCCUGCAGAGCGGCGUGAACUGCCUUCAAGGCUUCCGCGAGGACAAGAGGAACCGGAUCACUCCAGUGUCCUACACCUGCUACGGCCCCUUCACCUCCUACGCGCCCGCCUACGACUCCAGCUUCUCCAACGUCAGCAAGGAGGACUCGGACCUCAUCUACAGCUUCUUCGGAGACGAGUCUAGUCUGCAGGGCUCAGACAGCUUGUCAGACUUCCUGGCCAGAUCGGACGAGUAUGUAUACAAGAUGGCCGACAGCCUCCUGGACGCCAUGACCAACGGCGAGCAUUCGAAGAUGCUGAAGGAGGCGGAGUCUCAGGUGGAGCAGCCGUCAACCACGCCAGAGGACAAAGGUGACGCUGAGGCCGCCAAGCCUGACACUUCCUGCAAGACGGAAUCUCCGCUUCCCGCUGACGAGGAUCUCCCUGGAGGAUGCACUCACCGUGUGUGUGUGUGUGUGUGUGUGUGUGUGUGUGUGUGUGUGUGUGUGUGUGUGUGUGUGUGUCUUACAGACAUCCAGCAGAAACUGGACGAGACCACCAGGCUCCUGCGAGACCUGCAGGAAGCGCAGCGGGAGCGUCUGAGCACCAAGCAGCCACCCAACAUGAUCUGCUUGCUGGCGCCCACCACCAAAGAGCUGGAGCUGGCUGAGAAGGUGACGUGCAACUUGACGGAGCUGACGGGCCAAGUGGCGCCGUGCGACAUCAGCAGCAUCUGGGCCAUCAGGAGGGCCAUGGGCAUCGCUCCCGAUGCCCUCAUUGACCUCACGACAGUGCCGCAGAUGGUGGAACCCAUGGACACCACGGAGGCUGUGCCCGUCGUUGCAGUUGAAUAACUUGGGAGCCGAUGCCAUAUAUCACGUUGGAGGACUGGGACAGGAGGGCACAAACCUUAGUGACGCCAGCAUAGCUAUGUGAGCUACAGUGCUAACAUCACACUCACAUUUGAACAGCAAAGUCAUGCUAGCUUAGCCUAUUCGCAGAACAUGAGCAAAUGUGCAGCUUCCGCGUCUGAAGCUGACUGACGGAUAGCAGAGCUCUUAAGACCUGUAGCGAAGCCUGUUUGAGGAAGGAGGUGUUUCCUUCAUGACGUCAUGAAAACUCUCAAAAGUGGAGCAUUCAAGGGACACAUUUUAAAAGUCCCUUUUGCGUAAUAGGGGACCCUACGGAUGGUAAAACGUUGUACAAAAUGUCAUUUUUAUUUUGGUGUGACAUUUCAUUCAAUAAACUUUUUUUUUUUUUUUU